GCAACUGAACCGGAAGUGUUGUUAUAUUGUUCAAUCAUUUAGAAUUGAAUUUUAUCCCAAUUAUUCAGGUUAGGAAGUACCUAUAGUUCUUUACCAUGCCGAAAAAUUAUUUGUCCUCGCGUUACAACAACUUCAUUCAUCAGAACAAUAAUCAAUGGGAUGAGCUGUUCUGCGAACUGUUUUGGUCCCCGUUCGUACAAGUCGUUUCGGGAACACGAACAAGAAGCGGCCACGUUUUGGCCCCCGUUGUUACAAGCUCCCCGGGUAACAGUGCGGAUGAGCUGAAUUCAGUUCAGGUUGAAUUCCACAACGACUGGGUCUUCAUGGAGUACCCGACGCUUCCCAACCAAUCAGCUUUCGCUGUUGAAUCUGGAAACGUACUGGACACCAGCCACACUGACACUAUCUCCCAUCCUUCGGCUGAAGAAUCCGACGGUGAUCAGCGCAAUUCGUACAGAUGCGAGAAGUGCUUCAAGCGCUUCCAGUACCCGCGUCAGCUUGUUAGUCAUUGGAAGACCCACACCGAGGAUCGAAAGCACAGCUGCGAAUGUGGUAAGAGCUUCAAGACGAAGGUCUAUCUGGGAAUUCAUCGGCGAAACACUGGCCACCAUGAUUGGACCGUGAGAUGCUCCAAAUGUGGUAAGCCGUUUGAAAAGGAGCGUCAUAUGGCGCGUCAUAGUGCGACGGCGUGCGAGAAGUAUUCGGCGAAGCAGAAGAAUGUUCGGCGAGCUGUAUGAUUUUCAAGUACCGACAUCUCCAAAUCUGACCUAAUUUUACUAUGAUGUUUACGCUUCUGUUGUUAAUUUUAAUGAAUUUUAUC